AUGAAGCGUGUGGUGGUGUACUAUGACACUGCACCAGAGCUCUUAGAAAGCCGGCUACGUGCUCAGCAGGGAAAUACAACUUUGAUUAUCUGUUCGUCCAAAAAGCAAUAUCUGCAACAGCUCAUCCCGUUUCUUUCCGUUCGCCAGCCAACGCCAGCAGUUGCUUUCAAGGAGGACACUGAAGCUGAGGAUACAUGUCAGAGUCAACGACCACACUUUCUCCUGGACCCAACGCUUCAGCUCAUGUCAAUAUCAAAAGCAACGAAGCUUGCCUUCUGUCCUACGAUCAACACACUUCGCGCCUAUCUCUCGAGUCUCGCAAUCCUCGAUCACACCAAGUCUGCUCCACGAGCAUCGCUCAUGAUAGUAGAUCUUAUCCUGCUUCAUCAUGCCACUUCAGAGUUCUCCGUGCAGGGUCUGAUGCGCUCGCUUGCGUCUGCUGUCGAGGCUGCUGCUCGGAACCAGGUCGACCUGCAGCUGUGCGAAUGCAGGGACGUACAUGACCUCGAGAAUCCUGAUCGCGGAGCAAGGCUCUGGGACGCACAGGUUCCGUUGCUGAGCGGAUCAGUGAGGCUGAGAGAUGAAGAUGCUGGAUGGUCAGGAAGGGUAAUUUCAAUCAGAACGAUCGUUGGGAGAUGGUUCGAAUUCGAGAAGACGGAAGAACCAAAAGAUGACCGAGCCACCGAAGAUGAAGAAAUGCUUGUCUGA